GACUCUUGUUCUAUAAAAGCUCAAGUGGUUGGGUAUCCGAAUUUCAUUAUUUACCGUCUCAUUACAAGGGAAAAAAAAACAAGAGGAGAGAGAUGGAUACUGUGGGUGGAAUUAGCGAGGUUGGAGGAAGCGCCAAUAGCCUGGAGGCUGAAAACCUCGCUCGUUUUGCUGUCGAUGAACACAACAAGAAGGGGAAUUCAAUGCUGCAGUUUAAGAAAGUGACGAACUUGAAGCAACAGGUGGUUUCCGGUACUAUGAAUUACAUAACAUUGGAGGCGGUGGAUGGUGACAAGAUGAAAGUUUAUGAAGCCAAGGUGUGGGAGAAGUCAUGGAUUAAUUUCAAGGAAUUGCAGGAUUUCAAGCUUAUUGGCGAUGCCACCGCCUGCGCUUGAGGUGACCAGAGAUUUGUAAGGGGGGACUGGGGAGGAUAUCAGGAUACCGAAGGCGGGUUUUGCCUUUAAAUAAAUGUAACAAUGUCUUAAAGUUCAUUUGGAUUUAAAGUGUACUGAAGCAAGUGGUGUUAAGCUUACCUAGAAUAAUGAAUAAUGUAAAUUGACGCAAAGUACAUAGUUUAACUGUCUCCCCUUUACCCUAUUCUCUUAUGUAGUUGUUUCUAAAGAUGAAUUAAAAUUAGUAUGAUUUCCAU